CUGCUGGCAAUACCUGGAUUUUUGCUCAGUUCUUCUAUGAUUGCAUUGCUAGUUGUGAAAGUGUAUGCUUACAACUGGGACUGGUAUGUUGGCAUGAUGUUUGGAUCCAUUGUAAGCACCAUUGACCCUUUCAUAUCAACGGCUUUGUUACGRAGUCUCGGAACAGCUAAACCCCUCAUACUUCUGAUAGAGGGAGAGUCAUUGUUCAGUGAUGGUGCCUCUAUCAUUACAUUUGAUGCAUUCAAAGACCUUGCCACUGAUCUUAGUCAUUUUGAAGCAACAACUUUCACCAUCAAGCUGAUAUUGAAAGUCUUCGGGAGCCCUCUUUUAGGGUUCAUCAUGUCUAAGAUCAUUAUGUUUUGGCUGUCCUACAUCUUCAACGAUGGACUGAUUGAAAUAACCAUCAGCCUGGCAAUGACGUACAUCACAUUUUACUUCGCUGAAUGGCUAGGCAUGUCUGGGGUCAUAGCUGUCCUCAUUAUGGGGCUUGUCUUGGACACUGUCAACUUCAGCCCAGAAAUUGAAGUGUUUCUUUUACGGUUCUGGGAGAUGCUGACCUAUUUGGCCAACACCUUAAUUUUCUUCAUUGUUGGUAUUGUGGUAGCCAGAGCAUUUCAACAUGUGGGCGUCAACGAUUUGUUCAACAUUGUAGUGCUCUACUUUGCUAUGUACAUCAUAAGACUUGUGACUGUUAUUGCACUGUCACCCUUCCUGGUACGCACUGGCUAUGGCUUCAGCUGGCGGUGGGCAGCAGUCUGUGUUUGGGGAGGGACCAAAGGGGCCUUUUGUCUAAGUCUUACACUCAUGGCUUUUCAGUCAGACGAUUUGGAUGAAGAGCAAGUGAGAGAAAAGAUUUUGGUCCUGUCUUCUGGAAUGGUGGUCCUAACACUUCUUAUCAAUGCGUCAUCGAUGACUUGGUUCCUUAGACUAUUAGGCCUGUAUGAUGUGUCUGUGCCCAGGCGCAUGGCCAUGUAUAGUGCGGUGCAGCGGGUGCGGGAGAGCUCGCAGAACACUUUAAGUUUGUUGAAGAUUGACAGGUUUUUAGCAGAUGCUAACUGGGAAAUGGCAGAGCAGAGAGUCCUCAUAGAGGACCCCUAUAAAACACUCAAUGAAAAGGUUAGCAUUGAAGAGUUCUCUCCCACAGCCAGGAUGACUAAGUGCCCAGACUGUGACGGGGACAUUUCCCAUGGACCAUCACCACAGGAGCUGGAGGACAUGAUGGAGGAGGCUCGCAUGCGCAUCCUGAAGGCUCAGAAGACAAGCUACUGGAAGCAGUACAGCGCUGGAAUGCUGAACCGAGAGGCAGCCAGGACCCUGAUCAAUACAGCUGAGAACAUGACAGACCACAAGGGAAAGUUCAUGAGUGUUCAGGAUGUCAAGAAAUACUGGGAGCUGAAAGGUGUUUUUGUGUCUCUUCGGAGGAGUCUAGAGGACUGGCUGUACAAUGUCAAGCUUGAUAAACUUAAACCAUCAAGGAAUGCGAUGCUCAAGCGGUGCUACCAGGUUGUCUUCAGCCUCCCCUUUGAGUAUUUCAUCUACACAUUGAUUGUCCUCAACAUCUUCCCCAUCAUCCUGGAGUUCAUCCCAGCGAUCAGUGACAAACAUAACCUAGAACUCAGUGUUAUCAACUACAUCUUCUUCAGCGGCUAUCUUGUGGAGGCUAUACUGAAGGCAGGACAUAGGCCUACACUAAAAUACAUGUCAACUAAAAAUGAUCUAAUACACAAUACCUUCGCUUUGGCCAUGAGGAAGGCCUAUAUCUUCAAUCACUGGAACCAGUUUGACCUCUUCAUUAUCGUCUUGGCUUGUGUUGACAUAUUCCUGGACCAUUAUUUAGAAACCACAGCAUAUGUUGUCAAUAUUCACAUGAUAAAAAUUGUGAAGGUGUCUAAAAUGAUCCGCCUUACCAGGGCACUUCGUUUGGUGAAGAUCAUCAUUCCCAAGCUCAUAGAAAUCAUAAACCGUCAGAUCCAUAAGCAGCUCAGUUUUGGGUAUGACAUCGGGAAAGGCUAUGUCAUCGGAGAGGAGCACAUAAGCAAGAUCAUUGACCAUAUCUCUGAUGACAAAAGCAUAUCUAAGAAAUUGAAAAGAAUACUGGAGAGAAACUGCCAGCAAGCUGUCAGGGAGAUUGGCUUGCUGCAGAGAGACCAUCCUGAGAUUGCCAUCUCGGUGAAGACCAGACAGGCCAUACGAGCCGUGCUGAACAGUGAGAGAGACGCCAUUCAUACACUCGUGUUCGGGGGGCUCUUAGAUGACAUAGAAGCAUCAAAGCUGGAGAAGAUGAUUGACAUAAAAAUGAAGAAAUUGAUCAAAUUUCCGCCAACAAUCCCAGCAGCAACAGCAGAGGAGCUUCUGCAGAAUUUGCCUUGGCUGAAUAAAGACAGCACCCAGAUUCAGUUCAUCAAGACAGUAGCCAAGCUUCUUUUCUUUGACUUUGGAGACACCAUCAUACAAGAAAAUGAUGACCCUCAAGGAAUACACUUGAUUGUCUCUGGCCUGGUUAAGAUGACUGGAGGAAGCCCAAACUUUGGAGGCAAGAGGCCCAAGGAGAAGACCAGACUGACAGACUACAGGAGCUGCGGGGCCAUCAUGGGAGAACUCAACUGUCUCACCCAGCAGUCUAUGGAGAUGACGGUCACCUGUGAGACAGCCACUCAGACCUGCUUCAUUGCUAUUGAAUCCCUGUUUGAGGCGUUUGAUGUUUUCCCCGAGUUCCCGUCUCUGGAGUAUAUGAUCUGGCGCUCCCUGGCAGUGAAAAUCAGCACCAGCACCUUCAUGGAGCACAUUAUCUAUCAGGGCUGGAGUUACCACAGGAUUUGUUCUCAUCUGGCCCGGGCCUAUCUGGUAGACGUGGAGGUGAACAGGAAGUUUGACGUGUACGACGGCACCAUGGAGGACGUGGUGGUGAUCUAUGGGAGUUGUGAUGACCUUGCGUCCCAGUGCUCCUACAACGCCCCAGCUCUCAUCAGCAGGACUACUCACCAGGUACUGGGCACAGCAAACACCACCAAACUGUUGAUCGUGCCAAGUGAGCAUUCUGAAAUGAAGCGGACCGUCUCAGAGCUUCCAAGACAGGACAGUGUUCCCUGUCUGAGACAUGCAGCUCAUAGGAGAGCAUCUAGAGAUGAUCGAUCAGGGCUGCUGAGAACAGUAAGCGUGACGUCUGAGAAGGGUUCUCCAAAGAGAAGUUGUUCAGCACUUGACAAGGCCACGUGAUGAUAGGGUAUGACUGUGCAGCUGCUGGCCAUACAGGCCCAGACACAACCCGCCAGGCAACCUGAAUCUGUAAAAC